AUGACGGGAGACCAUUCUAAAGCCGCAGCCGCACUACUCGUCGUCGCCAUCUUCUUUGCGAGUGACGUGGGAUUGCCAGUGGCGCAAGGAGCACCUGCCUCUAACGGCGCGACUGCUGGGGGCGGCAGCAACUUCAUUGAUACAACGGGCGCGAGCAACCCGACUAUCGCCCGCGGCAUUAGGGGCGCGGUGAGCGCGGGGAGCGCGGGGAGGAUGGCCGCGCGCGAGACGGUGAACGCGGAGCUGCGCGUGGGCACGGUGGUGCUCGCCGGAUCGCUCGCGCAGCCGCGCUCCGUCUCCUUCGACCUGGGUCUCUGCGCGCCCGCGCCCGGCGAUAUCGCGGGCGUGAGCGGCGGCGGCGGCGGCGGCGCGGGUGGCGGAGGAGGCGCGGCGGACGCGCUGGUGUGGUGGGACGUGUUUUCGGAUCGCUCGGUGUGCAACGCGGUGCAGCUGUUUGUGUCGCCUGACUGCUCGGGUAACCCUGCGGCGAAAUACCCGUUUGCAGGGUAUAUGAGUCCCAUCAAGCUGCGCACAUCAGUGAAGUCCAUCCGCUGCGUUAUCAACAACAUCUGUCAGAGUGCCAAGUGCCCUGAACACUCCACGUGCAUAAAGACUAACGAUUACAAGGGGGUGGCAUGCCAGUGCGCGCAGGGCUAUCGUGACUCACCAGAGGCCGACAGGAAUCACCCACACGACAGAAUGGCGCCCAAGGGUAGGACCCCGAGAGGGCAAAUCGAGACCGUCAAGAAGCCCGCCGCGGCUGCCCCCUCCAAGGGCAAGAAGUCCGACAAGGUCACCAACCCGCUGUUCGAGAGGCGCCCGAAGACGUUCGGAAUCGGCGGAGCGCUGCCCCCGAAGAAGAACCUGCACCGGUUCGUCAAGUGGCCCAAGUACGUGCGCCUGCAGCGGCAGCGCCGGGUGCUCAACCAGCGGCUCAAGGUGCCGCCCGCCAUCAACCAGUUCACCAAGACGCUCGACAAGAGCCUCGCCACGUCGCUGUUCAAGCUGCUGCUCAAGUAUCGCCCCGAGGACCGCGCAGCCAAGAAGGAGCGACUGCUGAAGGCGGCCGAGGCGGCGAAGGAGGGCAAAACCGUUGAGUCGAAGAAGCCGGUUGUGGUGAAGUACGGCAUCAACCACAUCACGUACCUCAUCGAGCAGGGCAAGGCGCAGCUGGUGGUGAUCGCGCACGAUGUUGAUCCCAUUGAGCUCGUCAUCUGGCUGCCUGCGCUCUGCCGCAAGAUGGGCGUGCCUUACUGCAUCGUCAAGAGCAAGUCCCGACUUGGUCAGGUGGUGCACCAGAAGACGGCCACUGCGCUGGCGCUGACAGCAGUGAAGAACGAGGACAAGGGCGAGCUCAGCAAGAUCGUGGAGUCGGUCAAGGCGCACUUCAACGACAAGGGCGACGAGUUGAGGCGCCAAUGGGGUGGGGGCAUCAUGGGCAUCAAGUCGCAGGCCAAGAUGAAGGCCCGCGAGCGCAUCCUCGCCAAGGAGGUGGCCCAGCGCAUGGCUUAG